UGCUCUCGGAGCAGGAAGUCUGUUAGCUGUUAGCUGUUGAUUAGCAGCCCCCUCAGUCUCCCGGUGUCCCGGCUCUCAGUGUGAACAUGUCCCGGGUCCAGAAGCUCCGUGACUUCGUCAGUGAGCGACUCAACGCGGCGGCCGAAGACAUUUUAGGAGCUUUUGAGAAAUCAAUCGUUAAAUAUGAAGAAGAAGCGGUUCUAUGUCGCGAGGUGAUCUCCCGACAGCACGCGCUGCUCUGCGCGCUCCACAAACCGCUCAUGGAGCUCCCGACCGCAGACGCCUUCACACAGCAGCUGCUGGAGAGAACCGAGGAGGUUCCCUCUGAGCACCAGGACCAGGAGGGAGAGCAGCUUCAAGGCCUGGACGAGGCCGACAUCAUCCAGUUCACCUAUAAUCCCAGGAGGGCAUCGAGGCCAGGUGAAGACGUGGACCUGCUAGCUGCCAGGUCCGCCCGGGUAAAACCAGGACCAGCAGUUCCAGAUCAGGAAGUCCAUCUGGUGUCGUCUGAGACUGAAGACAGCGACGACUACAGCAAAGACUCGAUCGACACCAGGUCUGCUUCAAACCAGCUGAAACCAAAGAGGAUCCGAAGACCAAGAGGACCGUUCAGCUGCCGGGUCUGCAGCCGGACCUUUAAGGCCCAUCGGUUUCUGAUCCGCCACGUUAACAAAGCUCACCUGCAGGAGGCAGAGCCGGUCUGCGGUCUGUGCGGUGAACGGUUCGAAGCAGCAGAGAAUCUGAAGCUCCACAUCCAGACUCACCGGACCACUCAGAGGAGGAAGGUGGAGCUGGAGAACCAGACCAGGACCAGGACCAGAACCAGAACCAGAACCAGGUCCAGAGGGAGACAGUUUCACCAGCCAGAAACCAAAGUCAACACUGGCGAGAAACCACACACCUGUGAUGACUGUGGGAAGACGUUUCCACAGGUGUGGAAGAAGAGAAGGCACAGGUGUCCCUCACAGGUUGAGGGAGGUAGAAGCAUGCAGAAGAAGAAGAAGAGGUAGAAGCGCGCAGAAGAAGAAGAAGAGGAAGAGGUAGAAGUACGCAGAAUAACAGGUAGAAGUGCGCAUAAGAAGAAGAGGUAGAAGCGCACAGAAGAAGAAGAAGAGGUAGAUGCCGCA